AUGAAGAGUUUCGGGACCACUACCUCUACCAAGUUUUACUUGCUUCACGUCGACAUUCUCUGCUUCUACUUUCAGAAUUACUGCAGACACCAACGACUCAACUAUCUGGAAUUAAUCUGUCGGACUGAAAAUUAUUGUGAGGAUGUGCAUCGCUGGCUGAAAUUCGGGAAGAAGUCGUCAUUUUUUGGAAGACAGACUCCAGAAUGGGAAAACGGGAAAGUGAGCCCCAAUGUGGUCUUCGAGGACUUCGUUUCCGUAUUUUUAUUAGACGAAGAUUGGCCUUUAUCUUUGGAUGAUGGUUUGAUGGUAUUCGUUUUGGAGUUUGCUUUAGUUGGAGGCGCUUUCAUGACAGGAUGA